AAAUUAGCACCUGGCGUUAGUCAGUUUGCUUACACCUGUGUACAAGAUCAUCCUAUCUGGACUAACCAACAGUUUUGGGAAACAACCUUUUACAGCAACGUGCAAAAUCAAGUUCGUGCCCUUUACCUUACAGCCAAAGAUGACAACCAUGCAGUACAGUUAAAACAAAAGGAGAAGAAUUCUGCAAGCCCAGACCAGGAUAAGACAGCAAUGGACCUGGCUGCUGAGCAGCUGCGAUUGUGGCCGACUCUUAAUAAACAGACACAGCAGGAGCUAGUCCAGAAUGAGGAAAGCACAGUUUUCAGUCAGGCAAUUCAUUUUGCCAAUCUCAUGGUCUAUCUGCUGGUACCACUGGACACGAGUAAGAACAAGCUGCUGAGAACUUCAGCCACUGGUGACUGGGAGAGCGGAAGCAACAGCAUUGUCACAAACAGUAUUGCAGGCAGUGUUGCAGAGAGUUAUGACACUGAGAGUGGAUUUGAGGACUCGGAGAACAACGACGUUGCCAAUGCAGUUGUGCGCUUCAUCACCAGAUUUAUUGACAAGGUCUGCACAGAAAGUGGAGUUACCCAGGAUCACAUCAAGGGGCUGCAUUGCAUGAUACCAGGCAUUGUAGCAAUGCACAUAGAGACUCUGGAGGCUGUCCAUCGUGAGAGUAGGCGGCUUCCACCAAUACAGAAGCCCAAAAUUCUACGACCAACUUUACUGCCAGGAGAGGAAUUUGUUUGUGAAGGUCUCCGUGUGCUGCUGGAUCCUGAUGGCAGAGAGGAAGCAACAGGAGGACUGCUUGGAGGUCCUCAUAUCCUCCCUGCUGAAGGAGCUUUGUUCCUUACCACUUACAGAAUUAUAUUUAAAGGCACUCCUCAUGAUCAGCUGGUUGGAGAGCAGACAGUGAUCCGGAGCUUUCCUAUUGCAUCUGUUACGAAGGAGAAGAAGAUCAGUAUCCAGAACCAGCUGCAGCAGAGUAUGCAGGAAGGACUGCAGAUCAGUUCAGCUACCUUUCAGUUAAUUAAAGUAGCAUUUGAUGAAGAAGUAAGUCCCGAAGUGGUGGAAAUAUUUAAGAAACAGUUAAUGAAGUUCCGUUACCCCCAGUCCAUCUUCAGCACUUUUGCAUUCGCAGCUGGGCAAACAGCACCACAGAUAAUUUUACCAAAACAGAAAGAAAAGAACACUUCAUUCCGUACCUUCUCAAAAAGCAUUGUGAAAGGAGCAAAGCGUGCCGGGAAGAUGACAAUUGGACGCCAGUAUUUAUUAAAGAAGAAGACAGGCACAAUCGUGGAAGAAAGAGGGAAUCGCCCGGGCUGGAAUGAAGAUGAUGAUAUCUCUGUUUCAGACGACAGCGAAAUGCACACAGGCGGGACCCUGAAAGCAUCAGAAAAAUCAACAAUGGAGCAAUUAGUAGAAAAGGCCUGUUUCAGAGACUACCAGCGUUUGGGACUGGGGACCAUCAGCAGUAACUCUUCUCGCUCAAAAACAGAAUUCUUAAGAAUAACUGCACUGAACAGGAUGUAUUCACUUUGCAGGAGUUACCCUGGGCUGCUGGUGGUCCCCCAGUGUGUCCAGGACAGCAGCCUGCAGAGAGUGGCUCGCUGUUACCGACACAACCGCCUGCCCGUGGUCUGUUGGAAGAACACUAAAAACAGCACUCUUCUGCUAAGGUCUGGGGGCUUUCAUGGAAAAAGUGUUGUGGGCCUCUUCAAAUCACAAAACACACAUCCUACAGCUCCUGCUUCUUUAGAAUCUUCAAGCAGUAUAGAACAGGAAAAAUACCUACAAGCCUUACUGAAUGUGAUAUCCGUCCACUGCAAAAUGAAUGGCAGUAAUACUCUCACUGUUAGCCCAACAAUUGCUCUGUCUCCAGGCACUGAAACGAGGGCUUCAAGAAUGUCUACUGUGUUUAAGCAGGUAGUGCCAGGACAUUUGGAUGUAAAUCUAUCCAAUAGCUUUUCUCGAGGAGUGCUUGGGUACAGAGAUAAAUGUUUCACUCAUUCAAAUUCCAAAUCAGCAACUAAGGAAAGAGUCCAUCAAGGUGUAUGGGCGAGUCUUCGUUCAAGCAACCGAUUUAUCAACACUCAGACUCCAUUCAUUGAUGUUGGUGCAAGACUUGCAGGGAAAGAUAACACCCCUUCCUACAGUAGCAGCAGUUUUCUGCAAAGUCAGCUUUUGAGAAGACAAGCAGCCCUCUAUAUAUUUGGAGAAAAAUCUCAGUUACGGGGGUUCAAACUUGAUUUUGCUUUGAAUUGUGAAUUUGUUCCUGUUGAAUUCAGUGACAUCCGACAGACAAAGGCAAGCUUUAAAAAGCUGAUGAGAGCUUGUGUUCCCAGCACAAUUCCUACUGAUUCUGAGGCAACAUUCCUUAAAGCACUUGGGGAGUCAGAGUGGUUCCCACAGCUUCACAGGAUAAUGCAACUGGGUGUGAUCAUCUCUGAACUCCUGGAAAAUGGUUCUUCUGUUAUGGUUUGUUUGGAAGAUGGCUGGGAUAUAACUGCACAAGUGGUAUCUCUGGUGCAGUUACUCAGUGAUCCCUUCUACAGGACACUUGAAGGCUUCCGAAUGCUGGUGGAAAAAGAAUGGCUCUCUUUUGGUCAUAAAUUCAGUCAACGUAGUAAUCUGAGUCUCAAUUGUCAGGGUAGUGGAUUUGCUCCUGUUUUCUUACAGUUCUUAGACUGUGUGCAUCAGAUUCAUAACCAAUACCCGACAGAGUUUGAGUUCAAUCAAUAUUAUCUGAAGUUUCUGGCUUUUCAUCACAUAUCAAAUCGAUUUAAAACAUUUCUUCUGGAUUCAGACUAUGAAAGACUAGAACAUGGGACACUGUUUGAAGAUAAAGGUGAUAAACAUGCCAAAAAAGGAAUUUGUAUUUGGGAAUGUAUUGAAAAGAUGCACAAAAGGAGCCCUGUUUUCUUCAAUUACCUCUAUGCCCCUGCUGAGAUGGAGGCACUGAAACCAAAUGUAAAUAUGUCCAGCCUCAAAAAGUGGGAUUAUUAUGUAGAAGAGAUUUUGGCUACGGGUCCUUCUUAUGAUUGGACCAUGGUACCUGCAAAGUGCAGUGUUUCAGAGGAAACGGACCAAACAGAUGGUUCACUCUCUCAGACUAAGAGGAAAAUAGUAUGGCCAUGUUAUGAUGAUGUUAAAAAAAUACAACCUGAUGCCAUCACCAGCCUUUUAAAUGAAAUCGAAAGGUUGGAAAGUAAAUUAAAUCAGAGCCCAGAAAGGUGGCAGCUCUUGUGGGAAAGGGUCAAAAUGAAUCUGAAUGAUGACACCAGACAAGACAAUCUCCGGAAACAUCCUUCUGGCUCCUCAGGGAUGAUGUCAGCUAAUCUACAUUCCUAUCAAAAGAGAUCUUUGUUGGAAAUACCUGACAGUGGGCUGGGUGAGGAGCAGAGUGCAAGCAUCUCUCCCUCUAAUGGAGUAGACAGAAGAACAACAACGCUGUACAAUCAUUUCACAUCAAAGAAUGAUGAAAAUAGGUCUUUUGAAGGUACGCUGUACAAAAGAGGGGCUUUGCUAAAAGGUUGGAAACCUCGCUGGUUUGUGCUGGAUGUGACAAAACACCAGCUGCGAUACUAUGACUCUGGUGAGGAUACAAGCUGUAAGGGACACAUAGACCUUGCAGAAGUAGAAACUGUGAUUCCUGCUUCUCCAACAAUUGGAGCCCCGAAACAUGCAAGUGAAAAAGCAUUUUUUGAUUUGAAGACAAAUAAACGUGUGUAUAAUUUUUGUGCCCAAGAUGCACAGAGUGCUCAACAAUGGAUGGAUAGGAUCCAGAGUUGCAUUUCAGAUGCUUAGAAAGGAAAAGCAUUCCAUGAUAAAGUCACGUUUAAAGCACCUCUUCCUGGAAGAAGCUAAGUUCUGGAAUGUUACUGACAGACAACCCGCCUUCCUUACAUUUCAGCCAUUAAAUUUCAAAAUAUGUUAAAGUUCCUUUUCUGUUUAAUGAUUAUAACCACUGUAACUGCUAUUUUUUUUUCUGCAGGGAGGACUUGGAAAAAUAAUAAUCCAUUUAUCCUGGAUUUCCUCUUUCUUCAGUACAAUUCCUAGCUAUAAAAAUGGGCUGUACUUGCACUAUCAUCUAAUCCCCGUUUUCUCAUUUCAGAACUAUUCUAUUAGGAAACCUGUCUAAAGGAAUUUGUAGAAAUUUUCCCUCCAAGAAGUGUAUUUUUACUUUAUUUAGAUUUUUAAGCAGAAUGUUCUUAUUUCCAAGCUAGUCGCGAGUAAGAGGGAACAUGUCUGCAAUUCCUCAAAACAAAUAAAUAAAUAAAGCUUGUGAGUCCAGUGACAUACAUAUCAAGUUGCCAAUGUUUAUAGAAGUUGAUAUUUUUUAAAGACCAAAAAGUGACUUUCAAGUGUCUUCUCAGUGUGCAGGUCAUUCUCUAAUUUUGUGCUCUGCUGAGUGCUUCUGCAAUGUCGUUAUGGAAUUUCAAAUUCUAGGGAUUAUCUGAAGACCAUAGCACUUUUAUUUUGGAUCCUGUUUGCAAUUACAAUGGGAUAAAUGAAAGAAAACUGGCCGACACUAUCCAGGAGAAAUGGAAAACAACAAACUAGGAAUUCAGUAGAAGAAAGAUCUCUUAUGUGUGAGUUGUAUAUGUUAAUUUAUAUGCUGUUCUGCUCACUGUAAAAUAAAAAAUAACGAACAUGAUAAUGCACUAAACAAUGAAGCAAGCACUUGCACUGAAAUCUUUAAAAUGCAGACAUUUUGCAGGACAGAGGUAAGUUAUUUGUAGCAGAACAAUACUAGCUAGUUAACAACAUUUACAGAUAUUAAAUAUGUACAUAAUCCAGUUUGAUGUGUUGUGAUUUGAUACUUUUUAAACAUUUUUUUGCACAUUAAUUGGAAGACUGUUUAUAGAUUUUUACUUUUGAUGAAAUUGUGUUUGUUCUGCUUAAAAUCCUGGCAAAACAUUUUUAAUAGCCCCAAAUUAGUAGAAAUUUUACAGUCUACAAAUAGUGAGAACAUUGAGUAGAAUAUGUAGGUAAUAAAGCCAUUGUUUUUACUUUGAAAUGUUAAUAUGUUAAAUAGCACACUAAUAUUACAAAAGGUCUGUAUAUAUGAUUCACUAUUUUCUCAUUUUUCCAGACGUUCUGCUUGUAAUUUAAUGUCAGCCUAACCAAACUGACUAUACUUACAAGAUUUUUCAGUUAUUAAAUUUUGUGGGUUUUUUUAUAACUAAUGUAUUUUGUCAGAAAGGAACCUAGAUUUCUCACCACACACAAUAGGAAAUGCAGCUGUUUUUAAUGCCUUUGCAAUUUCAAAACAAAAAUAUGAAGGAUUUUUCUAGCAUUUUUCAAUUGACAAAUUUCCACCUGUGACAAUGGUGUUUGCACAUUUGUAUUUUUCUUUGUAUAUGAAGUACUUUUAUAUGUACUUUGUAAAAUACUGAUCGUGUUCUUAGGUUAUAUGAAAAUAUACAUACCACUGCUUAUUUUGUAACUAGUUAAUUUUAUCUCUUGUAUGUUAUGUGAUAUAUGUAUGCUAACCAUCUUGUAAUAAAUACACUUCUUAAGGAAGAGUAAAACCUUUCCUUUUACUGUAAAAGAGAAAAAAGCAAAACCCACGUGUUGAAAUAUUCCAUGGGCACAAGACAAAUCCUUAUUUACUCUGUAUUGAGAAUAGUGGGUGUAUUAAAAACUGUGUGGUCUUUUGUAUACUUGUAAAUAUUCUUACAUCAAAGUUGCACUUGAGCAUCCUUAACUCAAACACUUGUCAACAGUAACACUAAAGAAAUCAGAAUUUAAAGCAAAAUUAUCAUUCUAACAAGUCUCAGUGUAUAGCCUUUACUAAAAGGCUAAAAAAUACAUAUAGUGUUUGUACUAAGUCAUUGAAAAAUGACGUUAAAUAGAUUUUUAAAAGAAGAUUCUCUGUUGUGUUGCAACAUAAGUCAACUGCAUACUUUCACCCUGAAACGUCUCUCACUCAUAUCACUUUAUGCAACAAUGAUCUAGUUCGUAAGAAAUAAAAUCUAAAAAAAUGGCAAGGUCUUGCUUGAGAAUGUGCAUCUAAAUUGAGUAACUGAGUGCAGUGUGGGGUAGCAGAGGUAAAACGGAAAGGGAACGUGUGACGGAGGUAGGGGACCUGUGACAAUUCUGGGAUGCUGUGGUGCUUAGAUGAUACGGUUUGCAUAUUGAGCUUGGCAUGGAUGCUAAUGUUGCCUUAAAUGUUGAUCUCAAUUUUUAGUGUCUGUAUUGAUGGAAAAUGGACUUGAGCAACUUAACUUAAAAAUAUCCAAAUAAAAGCUGAAAUGAGAUAAAUUA